AUGGCCAAACCGGAAGAGAGGUUAUUUACCUGUGAGAACGCUUCUUUCGUAGAUGCAGCUUCGGAACCUGCGCCAAAGGUCAGCAAUGUUUUCGAUGCACGUGGCAUCAUCGUCCGCCGACUAGAGUGUGGUCUGGCAACCGGUCGAUCAGUUCUGAAGCUGGUCGGUUGCCAAAUUGGAUUCCGUGUUAAUUCGCAGCUGAACCUCCAUCGCCAUUCGUUCGCCGACGGUAAUCAUGUAGAUUUAGCGAGAGUAUUCGCAGGCACAAGUCAAAUUAGCCUCACGUCACUGUUGGCCGGGGAUCGUCGGAGUCAAUUUCACUUAGAGGAAGCGGUGGUACAAUUCUUUGACGGGCUCAUGCACAGCUCCAGUGAUAAUUGA